AUGAACAAACUGCCAUUAAAGGACUUGCCUGUAGUCGUGCAGGAAGUCCGGGGGAGAGCUGAGUUUGCUUCCUUUGCUACAGAAUUGCAGCUCUCUAAGAGUGCAAAUCAACUCUUUAAAGCAGAGAGGGCUCCCUCACCAACCAAGCGCAAGGAUAGGUCUGAAGAGAAAUCGAAGGACCGGUCCAAGGAUAAAGGAGCCACUAAGGAAUCGAGUGAAAAGGAUCGUGGUCGAGACAAGACACGCAAAAGACGCAGUGCUUCCAGUGGAAGCAGCAGUACCAGAUCCCGUUCCAGCUCAACUUCCAGUUCAGGGUCCAGUUCCAGCACUGGUUCUAGCAGUGGCUCUAGUUCCUCUUCUGCCUCCAGCCGCUCUGGGAGCUCCAGCACCUCCCGCAGUUCCAGUUCCAGCAGCUCCUCUGGAUCUCCAAGUCCAUCUCGACGGAGACAUGACAACAGGAGACGUUCCCGCUCCAAGUCCAAGCCACCAAAGAGAGAUGAAAAGGAGCGGAAGAGGCGAAGCCCAUCACCAAGACCUACAAAAGUGCAUGUUGGAAGGCUCACCAGAAACGUGACCAAGGAUCACAUCAUGGAAAUUUUUUCCACUUACGGAAAGAUAAAAAUGAUUGACAUGCCAGUUGACAGGUUAAAUCCACACCUCUCUAAAGGUUAUGCUUAUGUGGAGUUUGAGAACCCAGAUGAUGCUGAGAAGGCCCUGAAACACAUGGAUGGAGGCCAGAUCGAUGGUCAGGAGAUCACUGCCACAGCUGUGCUGGCACCACGACCUCGGCCGCCUCCCAGACGCUUCAGCCCACCCAGGAGGAUGCUGCCGCCACCCCCGAUGUGGCGUAGGUCACCCCCUCGCAUGAGGAGAAGGUCCCGGUCUCCGAGGCGCAGAUCCCCUGUUCGGCGGCGAUCAAGAUCCAGAUCUCCUGGACGGAGGCGCCACCGCAGCCGCUCCAGCUCAAACUCCUCACGAUAAAGCAAAAAGACUGGACAGCUUUUUAUUUUUUAACUUAAAUCCCAUCAGACUAAAUAUUGUACCUUUUUUUUUUUUUUAUAUAAUGGGUCUGGGUGAGGAGUAAGAGAGAGAUAAUCCUGGCAGUGAAGGCAACCUAAGAGGAGAGAGCAACAGUUCCCGGCCGGUAGAUAGCCUCUGCUGUGGGGCUUCUAGUUUCCUGGCAUUUAAUUGAAAUUAUUUAAAAAUGGCUUUGAUUUUAAAGGCUGCAAAAAACAUCUUUUCCAGAUAAGCGGAAAGAAAGAUGUUACAGCCUCUAUUUCUCCAGUUAGCAGGCUGCUGCUUGGUGAUUUCUAAAUGCUUCGCAUGCUGUACAGAUGAGCAUGUAAAUCUAUUUCAGAAACCCUGUAUAGUAAGGCAGGGAGGCAUUUAUCUUGAUCUCUGGGUGCCAGCACAGGAUUUUUCAGAGCAGCUGGAGUCCAGAUCUGCUUGAGACUUAAAUACUGAGUUGUCACUUUAUACCAGUUCCCAAACAGAUUUUUAGUUUCUGCAGAAUACGUUUUUCUGCAGAUUAAGCUCUUCUGUAAUGCAUAUACCAGGCAAUCACCGUGGAAACAACAGUUGAGCCCACUCAACACGAUGCUUUAGAAAAGAAGCUGGAAAUCUUAACUGAUUUGUAGCUGUCCCUAUAAGUGAUUUCUUUCACCUUUUCUUAAAGGGUUUUGGUAAAAAAUUCCUAUGCAACCCCCCAGUGAAACAGUGUGAGUGCUUCUGCUUUUACAAAUCUCAAAUUAGCGACCGACUGUCAACCCCCUGGAAACUGCAAGGCAGAGGGAGGCUCGAGGCCGUGAUGCUGGCUGGAUUAACUGGGGUUCACAUAGGCAAAGGCGAAGAAUUUACCACCUGUUGUACAGUCAAUACUAUAUUAAGAUUUUUUUUGUUUUGUUUUGUAUAACUUUGUAGCCUUUUGGGCGAUGUUGUGUUUGUACUUGUGUAGGAUGAGCGACUAUUGAAUAAAGUAGUAGGGUUGAGAAUAGC